CCACAGGAUUAGUUGCUCAGCACCGUCAGUUUGUUCUGAUUCUAUUUUUGGAAUUGGACCAUAAGAAUCUUGGAAUUUGAGGUUCUGAUGUUCUUCCAGUUCAAGGAUUGCACAAUAGGAACUAUGGGAUUUACACGGUCACCAUCGAAAGUCAUGUGGAAAAGAGCUAUUGCUUUUCUGUUUCUUGAAACUCAUGGAUAAUCUUGGACCUUUUAAGCUUCAUUUGUUUCAAAAAUGUGUCAGUGACAUAGUAAGGAGGAACAGCAACUACAGGUUAUUGUUAUUGACUCUUUUUAGUCGCUUACAGUCCAGACUGACUGCCACAAAUCAGGCACAUGAUCAAACCUUUGAAAAUGAGUUGCGACAUUCAAGGAAAUCCUGAUUUCAUAGGAAUUCUAACAAGAUGCAUUCAACCAUGGUGGAGGAUUUUCAACGGAGUGCCAAGUUCUCGUGCCUCUUUUCUGACCCCUUUUAGUUCUUUAAGUGUAACAUUUUUUGAAGUUAAGUCCUGUGUGGGAUUUCACCUUUUGGUGGAUAGAAUGAGAAACAAUGAUGAUGUGGGCUGUUGGAUGUAAACUCUGGGUUCUAUAAAUGUUUUUUUUUCCAUUCCACAAGAAUUUCAUAAGGUAAGUGGGGCUAGGGGACGCUUUAAAUGGUGUUAAUAACAGAGGAACAAGGAAAAGAUACAAAGGUUAAAGAGAAUGGAUUUGCUGGAGGAGUUGUACUUGGCAAGGCUAACAGUAAAGCCAGCGGCUUGGCUGUGGAUAUGCCCGUUAUGUCCAUCUGCAAGGUUGAUGAAGAUGGAGUUGAGUGUGAGAUCUCUGGACAACACACCAAUGAAGAGAUUGACGUUGAUUACACACGAAACUACUGGGAGGAUGAGGAUGAGAUCUAUCAGGAGUUUGAGGAACUGGACUUUGACGCGCUACCGGAUCGCUCGGAUACCCAAAGCAUCACCUCAGAAGACUCCUUCUAUCCCCUAAAUGAUUCAGUCAUCUCCCAAUUUAACCGCUCCCUCUACCGCCCUGAAAGCCCCGAACCAAUUUCCUUCUUUAAGGCCUGCUGCAACAACAAUGCCAUCAUAGUAAAGAUUAUGAUCAGACAAGGAGUGACUGAAGAAGAGGUAAAAGAGACCGACCGGAACAGAAGAUCUGGCCUCAUUGCGGCGUGUUAUCAUGGCUACGUGGAGGUGGUCAUUGCUCUCUCUCAGUGUCCUUACCUGGAUGUGAACUGGCAGGACAACGAGGGCAACACCGCCCUUAUUAUUGCAGCUCAAGCAGGUCAUGCGUUUAUCUCUAACUAUCUGUUGAACUACUUCCCGGGUUUGGAUAUCGAGAGGAGGAACUGUCAUGGUUUCACAGCUUUGAUGAAGGCUGCAAUGCAGGGCAGGCUUGAGUGUGUUAGAGCCCUCAUGCUGGCAGGAAGUGAUAUACAGGCUCGGGACUAUGGACGGCAAAUGACCCCCAAGGAGUGGGCUCUCUUCACCGGUCGAUACGAGACGGCUGACCUGAUGCUUCGGCUUAUAUCAAAUCCCUGUGCUGAGCAGUUCUGUGACUCCUUCUCCUUAGAAUGGCCAUUGUUAGAGGAACGCGUGUUGAAGGCACAAAACCCACAGACAUUCUGUCAGCGCUUAAAGAAAAUCGUCUCUUGCUGCCCUUAUAGGUUCUACAUCAACAACAAGGUAAACCCUGUGAAUGAUGGUGUUCUCGAACACAUGGUGAGGAUAACCACAGGCAUCUCUAGUCCCUUCAUGGCCACAGCGUGCCACACCGUGUGUCCAGGCAGCCCACCGUGCAUUGGAAAGCGUCGGCACGCUGUCCAGGAGAUCCUGAGGAGGCAACGGAUAGCAGAGCUCAAACGCCUGGGUCCCGACAGGCUAAACAACUAUAAAAGGCUUUUCCAGAACUCAAGGGUCCUCCUCAUUCCCAGAGUUAGGGAUCGACGGGCUAGCCUGCAGCCUCAACUGCUCAAUGACAUGGCUGCAGCAUCCACGGUGGCCAUUAGACGAGCCAGUCUCCUGCCGCUUAACAUGCUUAGAAGAAGCAGUGUGCGGCCAAGCAUUGUGGUGCCAAAGGUCAGGCUCUGCAAGGCUCCACCUCCGAGCUUCAUACCAGAAAACCCAAGCAGAAGCAGCAGCAGAAACCAGCUCCAGAUCCCCAAAUGGGAUUACAAGAUGAAGAAAAUAGAGAGGAGGCAGGAAGAGGAGAGACAACGAAUACUAUCUCUGCUAAGAAGGAGGUGAAGGAUAAAAGAAGGAAGUCACUGCAGGACAUGACUUUGUGCAAUGCCCAGAUAGAGCUUGAAAGUGUCUUGUGGCAAAGUGGUCUCAAAGCACAGCCUUAGCAAAUCUGAACCUUUAAUGUGAAUAUAACUGCAAGUUGUAAUUUCUGCUUGUCUAGUUGUUGAUGUGACGGCCUUGUUGCCUUGUUUCUACUUGAAUUUGCACACUUCCCAUAUAAGGUGUAUUUUGUAAUGCUAAAGAUAGGGGAGCAGAUAAGGGAGCAGAACAUAAAGAAAAAACAUGUAACUUGGAUUAAAUGUUACUGCAUCAGGUAUUUUUAGAGAGAUUAGACAACUCCUUUCGCCACAUUUAAAGGUGGUCUGUAAGACAGGCAGCGCUACAAAGCUUUCUUUUUUUACAUAGCCAACCCUUGAAUUUCUUUACAUCGUGGUUAUAUGGAAGGACUCAUGUAAGUGGCAAACAUUUCCUCUGACAAAAUAACAGAAGAAUAACUGUAGAAAUAACAAAAACAGCAAAAUCAGAAGUGCUCAUCAAAAAGACAAAUGACAUAUUGGAUGUAAUUAGCAGAAAGAGUAAUUUGGUAGAAUCUGUCAGUUUUUCUUAUGGAGGAAUGGGCUCAGAAAAGGCAAGGAUUUUACAACCUGCCAGACAGAUACAGGAUGAUGAGAAUUUCAACACAACCAAAUCAAGUGAAACAAGGCAGGACUAGGGAGCAUAUAACAUGACAUCAAAACACAACAAAAAGUCCUCCUUCACUGUUUUAGAGUUGAGUUGAAGAGCGAGCUCACAGAGGCUAGAGCUUUGUGAAGAAGCUAAAAGACAGAGCCAAAAAUAAACAGCUUAGUUCUUCACUCUGACAUGCUGACUUUUAACGUUAUCACGAGAUAGUUUUCUGUCUGUAGGCAAGCGGUUCUUUGAGCUGUGCCAUAUGAAGGCUGUCAUUAGCUCUUUCUGGCUUUUGGAGCACAAAUUGGUGAAAACAAAUCAAAAUGGGGGUUUAACACAUAGUGUCAGAGAUGAACAAAUAUGAUAGAAAAACAGGGUAGCUCCACAAUUAUUAACUUUUAGAGAAGGCUAAUAACUUUACACAAAAAAUUUAAUGAUUAUUUUUCUGCUUUUAAAUAGAUAGUUAGCAAUAAAGCUAACAUUAUACCAGUCACGUUAAACAAGCUAAUUAAGAAGAGUAGUGAAAUCUCAGCGAUUCAUUUUUGUCACAUUUUUCCAGUUUUGUUACAAAACCUCAAUUUAGCACACACACCUAAGUUUAGCUUUAAAAUGCUGGGGUUAAAAACAUUGCAUUAAUCUGUGAAAAAGUAUAAUUCAUAUCAAUGAUUUGUUUUAACUAGAAGUGCCCAUUUACUCAAUUUGCCAUUUAUUUUAGAUAACAAAAAUGCAAUGAUUUUUUAAAACAGGGUUUAAUCCACAAAAAAGAGAGUUAGCAUCCAAAUCAAUAUGCAAUCAAUAUGACUUUGUCAGUCACUCUUCACAAGCUUGCUAGCGUUAGCAGGGAAGAGUGCUUCUCUCAUGUUAGAUCCUUUUGGGUUUUAUUACUGAAUUAAGCGGGGGACCAAAUGCCUCGUUUCAAACUGUUAACUCAAACUGUUUGCCAACAUCACAGUUUAUGUCAGUUGGGCAAAAAAGUAAGUUAAUUAUAUAAGGCUAAUUAGCACUAGCAUUAAAAACUGAUGGUAUAUUUAUUUGUCUUAGACGUCAGAGCUCAGACUCAGUAAUAAAUAUUGCACUUGUAUAAGAGCAUGUUCUACUUGCAAGUCAGAAAAAAUAGUUCAAUUUACUAAAUUUGAUGGUGCUAACUAUUAUUAGCAAUUCAAGGUUAUAUCGUGUUUUGCUUAAAGUGGAACUAAACCCCAUGUAAAAGAAUAACUCCGCUCCCCGGAAAAUUUUAAAAAAUGCGACCAAAGUGUUCAACGCCACCCCCAAAGUGUGGGGAUGAGCAAAUGGGGGUUGGGGUGUGGUCAGGAGGACGAGGGAAAGUGCGCAGUUAGAUUAAUUUCAUAUAUUGAAUCAUUGAGAGUGAGCAGAGCAGUUCUGGUAGUUUCACCACGGAGAGAUUUUUUGAGGUUGAGGACUUUUCACGCCCCUCGUCACCGGAGGUUAAAAGAGGCUUUAUGGAGCCCUUUAUGGAGCCCUUAAGACCCAGUUUAAACAGUUUAUCUGCAAAAAAAGCUGAUUUGGGGUUUAGUUCCUCUUUAAUUUAAUGCGUUCAAACUCUAAUGCCCCUUAUUCACGGGCUCCAUUUAGCCUGGCGCCACUCCACUCAGCCCUCUUUGUGAGUGUUUCCAUUACUGUUUUUUCAAUAUUGGUACCUAUUUUUUUUUGUCUGGGACUACAUGUGACGUGAACAGACUGCUGUUUACUGAUUGGCCAUGGGACAAAAAGAAAUGAAAAGGUUUUC